ACUGAAUAUAGGUCACACACAGCGUAAACACAAAAUGAAGAUAUUCCUUUUUGUGUUGUUAGUUUUGUAUACCAAAAUUGAAAAAGCGUCUGGAAACUGUAGAGACGGAUGGGAGAGUUACAACAACAAGUGUUACCUGUUUUCUCACGAAAAGACCUCGUGGAGUGAAGCAUCGGCAUUUUGCACGGCUCUCCAUUCACAUCUUGCGACGGUUCUGUCGGCCAAUGAGCACAACUACAUAAUAUCUGCAAUACAUCAUCACACUGGUGCGUCAUUAAAUGACUACUGGAUUGAUGGCACGGAUGAGGAAGUUGAAAGCGUGUGGAGAUGGGCAUCUACAGACGAGGAGUUUGUAACCUACAUAAAAUGGGGUCGGAAUCAACCAGACCAAGCACAAGGCGGUAGCUGCCUCCUUUUGUGGAGCUCUGAUAAUUAUCUGAUGGGAGACGGUGAUUGUACAGCUCAUUUAAAGUUUAUCUGCCAAACAACCAGCAACACCGGAAGUGAGAUACUUGGUUGAUGCGAGUCAGAAACGGAAAUAAAAGCUCCUGUUCUGGAAAAUGUUUGAUGACGA